GUCAUAAGAUAAACGUCAACGCGCACUGGGCAUUAUCACCCACCUGACGAAACCCACCCACCAUCGCUUGUAACCCCAAAACCACAGAAAUCCAUGUCAUCACUCAAAGUAAGGGAAGGCGAAGCCGAUUUUAACGUUCCUGGUGCAGGCAAGCCUUGCAAAACUUGGUACAAGGUGUAUGGUACUCUUCCCCACCCACAUAACACACCACUUGUAGUACUUCACGGCGGUCCUGGUUCAACCCACGAAUACCUCGACAUCCUCUCCGAGCUCACACGUCUCUUCGACGUACCCGUUAUACUUUAUGAUCAACUCGGCAAUGGACGCUCCACACAUCUCCCAGAGAAGAACGGAGACGUGGACUUCUGGACUGUGCAGCUCUUCGUUGACGAGAUGCACAACCUCCUGAACCACUUAAACAUCCAUGACAACUAUAACGUACUUGGGCAGAGCUGGGGAGGGAUGCUGGCAUCAGAGUUUGCAACGCGCCAACCGAAAGGCCUCGGGAAGCUGGUGAUCGCUGAUUCGCCAGCGAGUAUGGCGCUGUGGGUUAAGGCCGCAAAUGAGUUGAGGAAGGAGUUGCCGCAGGAUGUCCAGGAUGCGUUGAAUAAGCACGAGGCGGCGGAUACAACAACAGAUCCGGAGUAUAUUGCCGCAACGAACGAAUUUUACAAGCGGCAUUUGUGUAGGCUCGACCCAAUGCCUCAGUCCCUGGUGGACGGGCUUGCAUGGAUGGAAAAGGAUCCAACUGUGUACUCGACCAUGAAUGGACCGAAUGAAUUUUACAUCACUGGCUCUCUAAGGACGUGGAACGUGAUUGACCGGCUGCACAAUAUUCAGGCGACGACAUUGCUCAUCAAUGGGAGGUACGAUGAAGCACAGGAUAUAGUUGUAGAGCCCUUCUUUCAGCAUAUUCCGAAGGUCCGAUGGAUACAAUUUGCGGACUCAGCGCAUGUCCCGCAGCUGGAAGAGACGGAAAGGUUUAUGCAGGUGGUGUGGGCCUUCUUGCGUGGUUGAAGCGGCUGGAAGUAUAGAAGCAGCGUAAAAGAAAUGAUGAUGGGAUGCACAGCGUAUGGUACAAGUCGAUCAUGAGUGCAAACUGUAAUAUUAUCCAAACUGCAAAUCGAUUGCAUCAGUUCAGUGUUUGAUCUGUCGAGCGCUCACCUUGCCCGCGGAUCUCGACUCGAUGAACGUAUUUUUUCGCAUGACACGUGUAUCUAGAGGCUGGUACAGAGUCUGCAGAGUCCAGACCAUAUCAUAUAUAUAAACGAGUCUUG